UUCUGCGUGGAGCUCUUUGCUGUCUGUUGCGAGAGGUAGCCCCGCUCCGUCGACAGGUAGCUUGUUUGUCCUUGCUAGCGUGAGCAAUGGGCUACUGGGACAUCCCCGAGGGCACGGACUGCCUGCAAAAAACAUGGAUAACCACCAAACUGGCCACGACUCUAGGCUUGGUGGGCUCGGCCUAUCACAUCGUAGCGUUCCAGCCUGAUACGGCGGCGGAAGCUUUUCGGCGAGCCGGCAACGUCACGGUGACCAUGGCCGCCAUGGGAGCCAUCUUCGGUAUGGGUACGUGCCUGACCGCUCAGGCCCGAGAGGUUCCGGACGAUCCGCUCAAUUACUUCGUGGGCGGCUGCGCUUCCGGUAUCUUCAUGGGCGUCAAGACUCACAGCGCCACCACCGGCACGUCGGCGUGCCUGGCGCUGGGCGCGCUGGGCUACUUGGGCAAAGUGGCCAAAGUGGAGAAAUGGCGACUGAUAGGACCUCCGGAACUGUGACCGCCGCCGUUCGAACUUGUGUAAAUGUCGUCUGUCAUAAAGUAAUAAAGUUGCGUUGUAAAGAAGAAAAAAAUUGUCGAACUUUGUUGCCAAACGA